AUGCGUGCCGCUCCGCGGUUCGCCUCCCAGCUGCGGUCGCCCGCCGUGCGCUCCGCCCUGCAGCGCCGCCUGAUGAGCUCGCCCGCCGCGGGCUCCAGCACCGAGAACGCCUUUGUGCGCGAGCGCAAGGCCGUCAAGGAGCACGCUGCCUCCACCACUGGUGCCGGCGUCAUCCCCUGCCUGAUCCUGGCCGGCGCCAACGCCUACUACCUGUGGAACGAGCACUGGGACCACUGGUCUCACCUGCCCCCUCUGGAGGAGCGCGUCGAGUACCCCUACCAGAACAUCCGCGUGCGGAACUUCCCCUGGGGCGAUGGAGACAAGACUCUCUUCUGGAACAAGAACGUCAACUACCACAACAAGGACAAGGCCACCUAA